UAAUUCGAGUAACAUUGGCUAAUAAGACAUCUUUUGUUUUCUUUGGCGAUAAAAUGGAGACUUAAUUUGUUUAACAUGGAUAAUACACAAUAUUAGUUGAUAAAACAGAGACCUUUAUCAUGUUUAUUGAUCUUUAUGUAAUAAAUAUGUUUUGAAAAAAAGGAUAAAAAGUUUACAAUGAAAGGAACGCAGGGUAAAUCGAAAGAAAAGAAAUCUGUUUCUGAAAGUUUGAAGCCAUCUGAAGAUGACACCAUGAACGAAGAUGAAGGACAGGAAUGGCUGUAUGAUUUAUUGACAGAGGUCCAGUUGAACCAGUUCUAUACCAAACUUAGAGAUGACCUACAGGUCACCAGACUUGGCCAUUUUGACUAUGUCAAGACAGAAGAUUUGGAGAAGAUUGGUAUGGGUAAACCUGCCAUCAGGAGGCUGAUAGAUGCUGUCAAGAAAAAGAAAGCUACCAGACGGUCAAGAAUUUUUGACAAAAUCCUUCCUGGAGGAAAAACAACUACUGAUAAAUCUGAUGGAAAGAAAAUUAAUUCUCCUGUUGCUAAGGGCAACCAAGACCAAGUGUUGACAUGCCUGAUCAGUGAGAAAUCGUUGUUUCUGCAAGAAAAACUGGGAAAUGGUUCAUUUGGAGUUGUCCGUAAAGCAGAAUGGACCACACUAACAGGGAAAAAGAUAGUAGCUGUGAAAAUUCUAAGAAAAGAUGUGUUGGCACUACCAGGUGCUUUUGAAGACUUUGUAAAGGAAGUUAAUGCCAUGCACACAUUAUCUCAUCCUAACUUGAUUAGACUGUAUGGGAUUGUAUUAUCAACUCCUCUUAUGAUGGUAACAGAGUUAGCUCCCCUAGGCUCUAUGUUAGAAAAACUACACCAGGAACAAGAGAAGAUACUGUUAUCCUGUCUGUGUGAUUAUGCCAUACAGAUAGCAACAGGGAUGAGUUAUCUGGAAUCCAAACGUUUCAUACACCGAGAUCUGGCUUGCAGGAAUGUUUUAUUAUCCCCUCCAGAUAAGGUCAAAAUAGGAGAUUUUGGAUUGAUGAGGGCUUUACCAAACCAAGAAGACCAUUAUGUCAUGUCAGAUCAAAAGAAAAUUCCAUUUGCAUGGUGUGCCCCUGAAAGUUUAAAGAUCCGUGUUUUUUCUCACGCCAGCGAUACCUGGAUGUUUGGCGUUACCUUGUGGGAGAUGUUUACAUACGGAGCAGAGCCGUGGAUGGGAUACAAUGGUUCUCAGAUCCUACAUAUGAUUGAUGUAGAAGGGAAACGACUCCAGCGACCUAACCAUUGUCCAAAUGAUAUUUACCAGUUGAUGUUACAAUGCUGGUCAUACAAGCCACAGGAUAGACCCACAUUCCCUGCUCUUAAAGAUUUUCUCUGUGAGGUAAGACCACAAGAUGUGAAAGUCGUGCAAUCUUUUAGCGAAGAUGGAAAACUGAAAGUAGAUGAGGGGGACUAUAUCACUAUUCUAGAUGGCAGACCAGACUGUUAUUGGUGGAAAGGACAAAACAAGCGAUCACUUGAAGUAGGCAUGUUUCCACGACAGUGUGUCGAUCCUCAGCGAAAGUUAGCUCAGACAGACAUAAGUAAACCAUUAAAGAACAGUUUCAUACACACUGGUCAUGGCGACCCCGGAGGAAAGUCGUGGGGAAGCCCUACAGAGAUUGAUGAAGUUUACUUGAGGAACCCUAUGGAGCCUCCAGAUCUUCAUGGUCCAGCGGAAAACUUGAAACCAACCCAUCUUCCUGACAGAAAUAAAAAAUCUUUCACCAUCAACUCAUCCAAGUUAUUUAAUUAUUCAAAGCUAGUGAAUGACCGCGAUGAUAGUCCAGUCAAAAGGAAAUCUUCUCAUCAUAGAGCGACGGCUAUCGUCGCGGCAACAAGCAUUCCUAAUCCUACUACUGCUCAAACAACAAAGCAUCAAAUCGAAGACCAACCAUUGAUAGACUUAAGUGACGAUAGUGAAAAAAUUGAUACAACAAUUAAAAAGCAGACGGCACCGAGCUCGCUGUGUCUGUUAGAUUCAUUGCUAAGUUCAAAUCCUUCCCAUUAUGGGAAUCUUGAGCUUCAAAAACCAUUGAUAGACAAUAAAAAUGAUCCAUUUGAUAUUACCUCCCCUUACCGUGGCUCAUAUUCUGCUGGAUAUCCUGUUCCUAGGCAACAGUCAGAAAGUCCAACAAAACAAAGACAACCGAUUGUUUAUAGUCGAAAUCAUUCUCAAGAUGAUAAAACAAAAAAGACAGUUGAGUCCGAUUCUUUGAAAGCAUCACCUAAUGAUGUCUUGCCACCUAUACCGCCAAGGGGAGUUAAACUGUUACCUCCAACAUCAACUCAUUUAACAGACAAAGGUGAAUCGUAUUAUUCAUUACCGCCGAACGAAGAUUCGGAUCAUUUGUAUAAUAACAUGUCCAAUCAGUCACCUCAUUCCUCAACAGUCCAUGUUGUCAAGCCACAUCCCUCAUACGAGACGUCUUCAUUAGAACGUAAUCAAGUGCAACAGACUUCUCUCUAUCAGAAAAAAUCAGACAAGGCUUUUGAUUGGAUUAGUGAUGCUAUUAGCAAUUUUUCAGUAUCAAAGGACGAAAACAAAAGUACUUUUCCGCUUUAUGACCAAGUGCCUGACGAAAGUCAGAAUAAUAGCGGAUUUAAUUAUAAAUCACCGCCAUUAUAUGAUGAAGUUCCAUUUGAGGAGCAGAUUCAACCUAAAGUGAACAAAAAUGUUUCCGCUGUUCAGAAUGUGGAUGAUGACAAUAUCAGUUGGGAUUCAUUCGACUCUGAUUUUGACGAUGAUGAGGUUGAUACUGGCAUGGCAGCAUCAGCCCCGUUGCCAAUACCAACAGACCCUGAUGCCCCACCUCUUCCUCCAAGAGAUUAUUUAUCAAGUAGUUUAGACUCUGGGAGGGGAACUUUUCAUAAAAAAGCUGAAAAAUGUCGGAUAAAUCCUAUCUUACAGGAAGGAAAACAACUAAGUCAUACUCAUUACUUUCUGCUUGCGCCACGAGAGGAAAAUCAACAACGGAAGCAGAAACCUAACACUGCUGAAAUAAAACCAUUCUCUGUUGAUGGAACACAAAUAAAUGAUAACCACCGAAGUUCAACAGGGAGUGAAUAUCAAAAUGUUCCAAAUUUAAGUCUUCCGGGAAGUAGAUUGUCGUCUGCUAGUGAUGAUUUAUCUUGGAUGAAACCGGUAGAUAGUAAUAGAAAAUCAAGAAAAUCUUCAGCACCUUUGAAUAUGCAAAAAUCUAGAAAAGUUCCAAAUGUUGAAUUCCUUUCUACGUCUCCAAGAGAGAAAGUUUUUUCUGUUAUGAACUCUGUCAUCGGGGUCACCGAUGAGGAGUGUCAUGCUGCAUUGUGCCAUGCAUCGUGGGAUACAGAAAGUGCAAUAAGAUUUCUAAAAACAGAACAGUUAUUUCGUCUUGGGAUAACACGUAGAGAAAAGUGUGAAAAACUGCUAGACGCAUUAAACUGGAAUCUGGAACUCGCUAGUUCAGUAUUAUUGGAUGAAGUUAAAUCCCCAUAUUCAAUGGAGUCACAAGUAUAAUUCAAAUGGAUUUGAAUAUUAUUGAUAUUACAAGUAUAAGCUUCAUAAAAAAGCUUGUCGAGCACCUUUAUUUAUUAUUAUAUAUGUUUGUACAUUCCCUGUCCAGAAAACUUAUUUUCUUUUUUCUUUUUUAAAUUUUCAACAUUAUAUCAUUAUGACCAUAAACACAAUAAAUUUUUACAUAAAAAAAUUAUUUCUUAAGGUCUGGCAACCUUUUUUAAAGCUUAUACUUUUUUUAAGACAGAUAAUACUCUGUAAUUUUUGUGAUGCUUUAAUGUGAUUCAGACAUCAGUUGAUCGCUUCAUCAAGUCAAUGAAAUGCUUUGAGAACAUGUAUUUUAUUUAAGGAUUAUUGAUUCAAACUGUCUCUUCUUGCAUGACUGGUUUAAUUACUACUAAGGUCUGACAACAAGUUCUAGUUAUGGCCAGCCAGUUUCAUCUUUUUUAAAUGAAUUUUUCCAAAACAAUUCUUUCUUCGUUCAAAAUAACAUCCAUUAUUUUUCCAAAUAUCAGUCAAUUCUUCUGUCAAUUCUAAAUUCUAAGUUGUCCUGUUUUUUUUACAUUAUGCCUGCAGAUAUUGAUCAGAUUUUUGGUAUGUUUUUAUAUUAUGACAACUAAUUAACAGGACAGGAUUUGUGUUUCUUUCCUGUUGACAGACUUUUGAAGAAAUAAAGACUUUUAAAGAUAUGGGGCAUUCUUGUCAUAAUGAUGACGCAUCAAAUAUUUCAAUCGCAAGGCUUGUUUUUUCCAACAAAACUGACUGCAUUUUCCAUUGCAUAUUUACAUCUUCAUUUCUCAUUAUAUAUACCAGUCAAUGUUUCAUUGCUUCUCAUUUGUAUGUACAGAAAAAAUUUAUGUACAGGAAAAUGAACAAAGAACAGGCAGCAGAUGGUCAUUUGGUCAUGGUGGUCCUACAGUAUACACUGAACAAUCAGACUGUUGAUGUAUCUUGGUUAAACUUUGCAGGACCAGGGCAUUAAUUAUUCUUUGAAAGUGGCUGUAGUUGCAACUUGCAUCAUAAAAAAUGUUGGGAAUAUAAUUUUUCCCUGAAUCUUUGUAAAAAAAACAUCUUAGUUCACCUUCCCUUCACCAUGUUCACUACCAGCACAAAGAUUUUAUGAAAACCCAUUCAAGGUCACAUUUCAAUGACCACUGUCAUGAUUAUUCAUUACAAAAAGUUCUUCCAAUCAGAUACCAGUUCUUAAAUGGUAGUGUGAAAGUUACACAAAAUAUUACAGUUGGAAGAGUUGUUUCCAUUUUAAAAAAAUUCCAAAAGCUGGAAGGAGGGAUAUGAUUGGCCAGAACAGAUUAUGACCCCAAAAUGGAUGUGCCUGGUAAGGAAUUGAAUGGAAACCUAAGAUGUUCUUUUGUUAAGAUUAUCUUUUCAAUUUUUCUGUUUCCAAUUUAGAAAAAAAAAUAUGUUUUUCUGACAAAAAAGUUUUGAUUUAUAUUGCCUUUACAAAUUGUCAUGAUUGUACCAAAUAUCAAAUUUUCCAAACACAGUCUCAUGAGUUCAUUUUGAAGUAUAAAAAAAAUUAAAUACCAAUGAUCUUUUUUUUUAAAGUUCACCAGGAAAACCACCAUUUUACAUUAGAGCCAAACUUUUUAUGCUUAUAAAUAGGUUAUGGUAACAGGUUUUAUGAUAUCUAAUGGUGUUGAACAGGAUUUUUUUUAACAAAUUUUGUUUAUGAAAAUAUUAAUUUUUUCCUCAUGUUUCUCAAAGGUUUUGAAUUCUAAAGAUAUAUGAAUAUUGCUUUUACAUGUAUAACAAUUCAUUGAAAUUUUUAUUUUAUAUCAAGGAUUCUUGACUCAUUUUCAAUAUAUACAAGAUAUUUGUAAAACUCAACAUAGAUACUAAACUAGAAAAUAACUAAAUUUUUAUUAUCGUACAUGUACAUGCAUUUUUAAAGUAAAAUACAUGUGAUCACAGCUGAUUGGUUAAAUGCUGACAAGCCACCUCCUACUUUUUAUAAUGAUAGUUUACUCUUUAUUAAGGCCAGUUUUGCUAUUAAUUAGAGCAGAAAUUUCUUUGCUCCUUAAGUUUCAUUACAAAGGAACCAUAUUGUUAUGCCUAAUGGAUUAUUUUUACAAUGUAGGGGGCAUUAUGUUUUCUGGUCUGUUCUUUUCAGGUAAAAUUUUUUGGUCCAGAUAGUUUACCAUGAAAGUGUCAUGGUUGUGGUCAUAUCAACUUGAAACUUAUAGAGUACACAUGUUAUGUAUGUGUGAAACUUUAAAAUACCAUGCCAAUUUAAGGUUAUGACCCCAAUUUCACAGUUCACUGAACAAGGAAUUAUAAUGCAAGUGGGGCAUGGUUUCCUUUGAACCAAGAUUUUUGUUUUGAGGUAGCUCAAAUCUGCAAAAACGGUAUUAGAAAUUACACUUUUACCAGAAAUCAAAAUUUUAUAUCUAUAAUAAUGUUAAAUUUUGUAUAAAUUGUUAUGCUUUGUCAAAUUAUAUUGAGUUUUUAUGUUGUACAGAAAAAAUUGUAGUUUUUUCUUUAAUUGCACAGCAAAUUCAAA